GGGGAAAGCCGACUUGAAACAGAUGGAAAAAUGAUUCUCUGUAAGGCAGCGCCCAACUUCACCAAGUCCAAUCUUAAAGGUUCACAGAUUGGAAUAUAUCAGGCACCGGAGGAUUCCUGCCCUGUCCCGGGGUUCUGGGACUUGCGACCGAGGUCGGAUGUCCCGGGAUGGUUGUUAAUGGAGAGAACUCAGCAGGCUUCGUUGUAUUAAUUAGCCUCAAAAGCAGAUCCUUGAUUUGUCUGUGAGAAACAAAAUCAUCUUUUAAGAAGUUGUGCUUCGAUUCUCCGCCCACACUCCCAAUUCCUUAAUUAUGUUGCAGAAGUAGGGGCUUUUUUAACGUCUAUCUGGUAUUGAUCUCACUGCAUGAUGAUGGCUUUCUGUUUCACUGGUGUUCGAAGCUUUCCUAAGCUUUGGAAGAGCAACCCAUACCUUGGCCUAAGCCCAGGACACUCUUAUCUCUCUCUCUUUCUCAAAGACUGUUAUGGCAUCCGGAACCAACAGAAGUGGUUUUCUGUUAAAACAGUGUCUGCACAAAAUACUAAAGCAGUGAAUCUGCUGACUGCCAAGGCCAGAUAUCUCAGGAAAGGAGGUGAAGGCAGUAAUAUGCAAGUUUCUUCUGAGUCCCACCUUUUUGCAGCUGGAGCGGCUAAGAAGAGAUCAGAGAUGAAUCCUCAUAAGGAAGAUCAUGCCUUGCCACCUGUGAGGAACAGUAUUCAACUCCCAACAAAACCUUUGAAUUCAGAAGAGUGGGAUAAACUCAAGGAAGAUUUCAAAGGAAAGGCUAAAUUUGAAAGUUGGAUCAUUUCUCAAAUGGCCCACUCCCAUAGCUCUGUAGAUGUGGCCAAAUCUCUGUUAGCCUGGGUAGCUGCAAAAAACAAUGGUAUUGUAGGCUAUGAUUUGCUGGUCAGGUAUUUGUAUCUCUGCGUCUUUCAUAAGCAGACAUCGGAAGUUAUUGAUGUCUAUGAGAUCAUGAAAGCCAGAUACAAGAGAUUAGAAUCUGAAGGGUAUACUCUCCUCAUCCAGGGAUUAGUCCACUCAGACAGAUGGAAAGAGGCCUUGCUGCUGUUAGAGGAUGUCAAAAAAGUCAUGAUCGCUUCAAGAAAGAACUACAAUGACUGUAUAGAGGGAGCCCUCCUUCAUCAAGAUGUAAACCUAGCUUGGAAUUUGUAUCAGGAAUUGUUAGGUCAUGAUCUUAUUCCUAUGAUGAAAACCUUAAAGGCAUUUUUUGAUUUUGGAAAAAAUAUAAAAGAUGAUCAGUAUUCAAACAAGCUACUUGACAUUCUUUUGUAUCUAAGAAAUAAUCAACUGUAUCCUGAGGAAUCAUUUGCACAGAGUAUAAAAACAUGGUUUGAGAGUGUUCCCGGAGAACAAUGGAAAGGACAGUUCACAACAGUCGGGGAAAGCGGUCAGUGUUUGGGCUGUGCAAAAACCAUGGAGUCUAUUCACCUGAGUCCAGAAGAGUAUGAAUUUCUUAAGGGCAAAAUCAUGAGGGAUGUGAUAGAUGGAGGUGAUCAGUACAAAAAGACAACACCUCAGGAACUCGAGAGAUUUCAGAACUUUGUAAAAUGCUGUCCUCCUUUUGAUAUUGUCAUCGAUGGGCUCAAUGUUGCCAAAACAUUUCCUAAAGCUCGUGAAUCUCAAGUUCUCUUGGAUGUGGUCUCUCAACUAGCCAAGCAGAAUGUGCAGCUGCUGGUCCUGGGCCGAAAGCACAUGCUAACACAGCACUCGAGGUGGAGAAAGGAUGAGAUGAAAAAGGUGCAAAAGCAAGCCAGGUGCUUCUUUGCUGACAACAUCUCAGAGGAUGAUCCGUUCCUUCUGUAUGCCACACUGCACUCGGGGAACCACUGCAAAUUUAUCACAAAAGAUCUGAUGCGGGACCACAAGGCCUGUCUACGUGAUGCCAAGACCCAGCGCCUCUUCUUUAAGUGGCAGCAGGGACAUCAGCUAGCAAUUGUUAAUAGGGUUGCAGGAUCAAAAAUAACCUUUCAGCAUAUCCCAUGUUAUGACACAGUGGUGCAAACAACUGGAGACUCGUGGCACAUACCAUAUGAUGAAAACACAGUGGAAAGAUACUCCUAUGAAGUGCCAACCAAAUGGCUUUGCCUUCAGCGAAAGACAUGAAGACUCUCCCCCAUGCUAAACUUGUGUUUGGGUGCCCUUCUGGUUGGCAUCAGAGCACUUCAGUCGAUGCUUGUUUAGCAGUGCUCCUGUGUGAUCCACUCUUGUCUCUUUGGUCCGGUUGGUUUGCAUGUCAACAGAUUGACUUUUUUUAAUGAAAUAAAAUAUAAAAUCUUUUCAUAACCAGUUGCAUUUGUUUUUGGAGACUUGGCCAGACUUGGGGAACUCAAGGCAGAGUGAAGCCUACGUUUCUCCUGGCGGGCCGGCUACUCCACUUACUUGGGCAACAAGCGCUUCUGAUAUCCAUUUUGCUACUCCU